CACGGUACAGAUUUGUCAAAUAGCCCGUGCAUGGCUCAUGGUUGUCAGGAUUGCCAUCGAUUCAGCCAGAGAACCCCGGGAGGACAUUUAUGUUUUUAUCACCCCCGUAACACCAUCUAACCCGUCGCAGUCAGAAGCAGCUCGUAGUGUUCGAGCAGCAGAUAUAUUAAUCGAUUAAUCACGUGGUUGUCACCGCUUUUUUUUUUUUUUUUUUUUUUUAGUUCAACGCUUGCUUCUGUGAAAAUGGCGGACCUUCCACCGGAGAAGAGCCUGGACGACUUCUUCGCCAAGCGGGAUAAAAAGAAGAAGAAAGAGAAAGGGAAGGGCAAAGAGGCCGUGGCCGGGCCCACGUCGGCUGUGAUCAAGAAGACGAAACGGGAGAAAGAGAAAUCUACAAAAAACGACAACCAGGACGCGCAGGUCGAGAAGAAGGAUGAGGAAUGGAAAGAGUUCGAGCAGAAAGAAGUCGAUUACAGCGGCCUCAGGCUCCAGGCUCUGCAGAUAAGUGACGAGAAAGAGGAGGAGGAGUACGAGAAGGAGGAGGUUGGUGAGGAUGGAGAGAUCAUUCUGGUCAGCGGAGACAAGUUCUCCGGUCCCUGGAACAAGUCUGGUGCUGCUCCGACUCCUGCUGCUGCACCCGUGGAGGAAGUAGAGGAGCCUGAGUCGAAGCCUUCUGGUGUAUAUCGCCCUCCAGGGGCUCGGCUGACCACUACCAGACGAGGCCCCACCCAGGGGCCCCCUGAGAUCUUCAGUGACACACAGUUCCCCUCUCUACUGGCCACCGCCAAGCAUGUGGAGACACGCAAGGACAGAGAAAUGGAGAAGACCUUUGAGGUGGUGAAACACAGGAACCGCGGUAGAGAGGAGACCGGCGGUAGCGCCUCUCUGCAGCAAUUGCAGCUCGACAACCAGUACGCCAUUCUGGGGGAUAAGUAGAGCCGCUCCCCUCCGUCCCUUUGCCCCUUCAGCGAGGUCCUGCCAAGCCCCUCGAAGGAAGCUGAACUCCAGCUGUGUUGACUGCAGUCCUGACGCAGCUCACCGUGCCACCGUCACCACACUGGUUACUCUCUCUCACACACACACACACACACACACACACACACACACACACACACACACACACACACACACACACACACACACACACACCACAUACAGUGACACUCCCUUUAAAUCAAAAGUAACACACUUUACAGACAUUGGUUGGCAAAAAAACAACAACACAGGACUGCGUCUGAAGGGGCUGUUGAGAGAGGGGAAUAAUUGAAAAAGGAAUUGGCAAAAUUACACCCAAACGUACAAGACUGCAGCAGCAACAACAGACUUUUGUGGAUUGUACUCAGAGCAGCAGUUGUGUGGCGCAACUUUUCUCUGGACUUCAACUUGCUUCGAUUUAAAAAAAGCCACAGAGGAUAACUUUAGGCGAGAUGAUUUUACAAACUUCUGUGAAAAUAUCUAUUUUUUUGCAAGAUCGUUAUGACCCAAUCGCACAUGGUAUUUUGGGGUGUGUGUUUGAGUUGCGGUGGGGAGCUUUGGGGAGAUGCUACCACAGCAGCGUAGUUGGUGGUGACAAUGUGGACUGAGCUUCUUUUUCUUUUUUUUUUCUUUUUGCUGUGGUGGCGAAACGGGGCAAACAACCAGCCCCCCACCCCCCUUCCCCCUCCCAUAUACAAGCCGGCCAUCAGGCUCUUUAAUUUAGAAACUUGAAGCUUUGUUAUUUUCCCUUCAUGAUGAUGACACUCUGCAAAGAUCUAUGGACAAGAAGCGAUAGGUUGUGGUCCUCCAUUUAGAAUUUCUAUAUAAAGUGGCCUUACUGAUAGAAACUGCUUUGUCAUCUGAAGAGAACUUUGCUUGUUGUCUCACAGGCUGCUGCCUGCCUCUGGAUCUCAACACUUUGGGACAAAAAAACCCACAUACAAACGAAAAAUAAUCCUUCUGUUCAAGAAUGUAGUGCUGUUGUAGUUCGCCUGGUGGUUGCAACGACUAACUGUCUUUUAUAUCCACUGUUUCAUACUGCUGCCCCGGCUUCCUUUUGGUCUCUUUAGACAUCAGAUAAAUAGAAAUUAAAGCUGGUUUCUAAUCCAAAA